CAAAAUUUGAAAGGGCUGGAACCACUAACAGAGUAACAAGUGGGAGGAGUCCUCGAGCCAUUUAAUCAAGCUUGUGCGGCUUCUGCUUCUGAGAAAACAUCGUUAAGAACUUCUGUACUUGCAGGCUGUGGUAGUACAACGUUAGUGGCGGAAAACAGAACUUUGCAGUCAUGGGUAAAGAUCCAAAUAAGCCCAGGGGAAAGACGUCCUCAUACGCCUUCUUUGUUCAAACGUGCCGGGAGGAGCACAAGAAGAAACACCCAGGGACCUCCGUGAACUUCACCGAAUUCUCCAAGAAAUGUUCGGAACGGUGGAAGGGCAUGUCUGCCAAGGAAAAGGGAAAGUUUGAGGAUAUGGCCAAAACCGACAAAGUUCGUUAUGACCGUGAAAUGAAAACCUACGUGCCCCCCAAAGGCACAGUAGUCGGGAAGAUGGGAAAGAGAAAGAAGGAUCCCAACGCCCCCAAGCGUCCACCGUCUGCGUUUUUCGUCUUCUGCUCGGAUCACCGAGCAAAAAUCAAGGGGGAGCAUCCAGGCAUCUCCAUUGGUGACAUUGCUAAGAAGCUUGGAGUCAUGUGGUCAAAUAUAACCCCCCAGGAAAAGAAACCAUACGAGCAGAAGGCACUUAAACUGAAGGAGAAAUAUGAAAAGGAUGUUGCAGCCUAUCGUGCUAAGGGGGUGAAAGUGGAUGCUGGCAAGAAGGGUGGACCAGGUCGGCCAGCAGGAGGGAAGAAGGCAGCACCAGUAGAUGAUGAUGACGAUGACGAUGAUGAGGACGACGAGGAAGAGGAUGACGACGAAGAUGACGACGAUGAUGACGAUGAUGAUUAAAGUGCUUGGAAACUUGAGCUGGAUUAUUUUCAAAACAAUGUGAACACGCAAUGAAUUGUUAUAUUUUUAGAUUUUCAAAACGUGUACAGAAAUGUUUAACUGUUGUGCAUAUCAAGGGUCAUUUACUGUUUUGUAAAUUAACAGCUUUUUGUUUUGUUUUCCUGAAGCACUGCUUUCUCAUGGGUAGUGGUGAUUACCCUCCCUUCUCCAUUUUUGAACUGGUUUCUACUGCUGUGUAAAGGAUUCAGAGGAACAAGUCUUGUUUAGUAAAUGUAAUGCAGUUUUUUAAAAACUGAGCUUUAAAUUGUGUGUAGACGGAACUUUUUUAUAUAAUAAAGUUUUGUAUAUUAUGAUCAAACACA